AUGAGUAGAUCAACCAGAGACAUUGGCGGCAGACUGAAGAAGACAGACGUGACAGAGAUUAAGAUGACAGGCAACUACACCCGAGCCGACAUCGAACGAAUCGCGCAGCGAGACAGCAACACGCUCCAACGAUACGGUGCCAACGCAAGGAUAGAGGUCGUGCUCGACUACGGCAAUCAUCAGUAUCGAUCAGGCAGGUUCACCAAGGUAGGCGAGCCGAUCAUCAUGUUUGAUCCUCACGAGUACGAUGGCGCGCCCAUCACAGAGCCUGACACAUUCAAAUCGUUCUACAUCUACGUACAUCAAACAAAGGGAAAGGCAGGUGGCUGCGACGGUGAAUGGAGCAACUGCCUCUACCACUGCCUCCACGAUGCCUACCCAGACCAGGUGACAGAGCACUACGGCAAGCCAUCACAACUCAAGAAGGACCUAAAGCUCAAUGUCGAUCAGAAGGUCAACAUUUUCACUAAAGAGAAUGAAUGGUCAGAGGAGGUGCUUGAGGUGUUGGUUGAGUGCCUGUUCACUCUUUUUUUUCAUGUGUGGUGA